UCGAGGACUGGUCCGUAGUAGAGCGCGCAAUGUUAGUCACUCAUCCGGCGAACAGAUGACAAAAAGGACGAUAAACUCGUAUACCCGAUCACGCGCUUAUAAGCGAGAAGGAUGGCUCUGGACACCAAGCUGAAGGACCUGCUGUGGAAAACGCUGCAAGAUCUGGGGGAAGACGACUUCCAGGCCUUCAAGUUCCACACGCACCUGCCUCAAAGCGUACAAGAACAUGCCAAUCGGGAAAAAAUUGUCGACCAGCUGGAGAAGACUCACGGCGAGAAUGCUCCGGAUGAGACCAUCAAGAUUCUGAAGAAGAUCGGUAACAACAACUUGGCCAAGAUGCUGGACAGUGGCAUGCUGGAAAUAAAAGGUACCGUCUUCUCUAUCGAUGAUGAUGAACUGAUUGCCAGAUUGAAGGCAGACCUGCAAGACAACCUGCAGAGUCUAUACAGUUUUGUUCCCGAGGGUAAUGCUGAGCGCUGCGAGCAGCAGCCUCUAGCUGACGUCUACACGGAGCUUUACGUCACCUACGGGGCCGACGUCAGCCCUGACGAACGACACGAGGUCCUUCAGAUGGAGACACGCGCUGCGGCCAAGAAGUCUAUCCAGCCCUGCGACAUUUUCAAAAGCGCUGAUGGGAAGCCGCGGCCAAUUCGCACGCUGCUCACCGUUGGCUUUGCGGGUAUCGGAAAAACUUUUCUGGUGCGAAAGUUUGCGCUGGAAUGGGCCAGAGGGAAUACCAACCGGGACCUCCACUUCAUAUUUCCACUUACCUUCCGCGAGUUGAACAUGGACAAAGAGAAGAGCUUUACGUUGGCCCAGUUGAUCCGACGCUACGUCAGUGAGAGCAGGCACAUGAGCGAGGAGACGCUGAACAAAAUCUUUGCCAGCCUACAGUCAUCUGGGAAGCAGGAUUAUGAAAGCAGCAGGAUCAAGAUCUUGUUUGUCCUGGAUGGACUGGAUGAAUGCAGCUUCAAAAUGCAGUUGGAGAACGUGACCAAAGUGGAUAUUGACGUGAAGGAGGCCUACCCACUGGAGGUGCUCCUGGCACACCUUGUCAAGAGAAACCUGCUUCCCUGCGCCCGGGUUUGGAUCACCACGCGGCCCGCGACGGUCCGCAAUAUCCCCUCUGACCUCAUCGACAGUAGAACAGAAGUGAGAGGAUUCAGCGAUUCCCAGAGGCUGGCGUACUUCAGGAAAAGGUUCCCAAAUGAAGAGCGCGUCAUUAAGCACAUUGAGAAAUCUCGCACCAUCUUCAUCAUGUGCCACUUGCCCAUUUUCUGCUGGCUCACUGCCACAGUGCUUCAGGAUCAUUUGGACAAUGGGAAGGAGGGAGAGCUUCCCAAAACGCUGACUGACAUGUACACAUACUUUGUGUUGUACCACUUCCUAAAGUCCAAGGAGAAACUUAAUAUGGAGAUUAUCCAUUACGUGAAAGCGCUAGCAAAGCUGGCAUUUCACCACACGAUGAAAAAGAGUCAGAUCUUCUAUGAGAAGGAUCUGGUGGACAGUGGCUUUGAUUACUGCCAAGCCCACUGUGGUUUGUUCACUGAGGUGUUUAAGGAGGUCCAUCCGCUAAGGAGAAACCUUCAAGGCAAGAUGUUUCAGUUCGUCCAUCUCACCAUCCAGGAGUAUCUGGCCGCACUGUACGUGAUGAUGUGCUUCUUCCAAGACAACAAGAAUAUAUUGGACGAUUCAGGAUGGAAAGAGUAUUUCAUUCCUUUUAUGCCGAAGACAAUCACUGAGGUCCACCAGUCAGCUCUCCACAAAGCCUCUCAGAGUGAAGGAAACCUUGACCUGUUCCUUCGCUUCCUCUUUGGCAUUUCAUUGCAGUGCAACCAGGAACUAGUGGGAGAACUGCUGAAGGCUCCUAAGGACUUUGGGCAAAGCAAGUCAGACACAGUUGAGUUGCUCAAAAAAACGAUCAAACGGAACACCCCAGAGAAGAACAUUAACUUGUUCUACUGCCUAAACGAACUUAAAGAUGACUCCUUGCUGAAGCAGAUCCAGCAGGAACUACGCUCAGGACGUCUGUCCUGGCGUGACAUGCCAAAUGACAUGUGGUCUGCCCUGGCCUUCUUCUUACUGACUGACGACGAAACGAUGAAUUCCUUUGACCUAAAGAAGUACUCCGCAUCUGCGGCGGGGCUGGAGAUGCUGCUGUCGGUGGUCAAGGCUUCUCAAAAAUCAUUGCUAAAUGAAUGUCACCUGGACAAAAGCAGCUGUCACCUGCUUGCCUGCCUUCUCAGAUCUCCAUCCAACCUGAGGCAUCUGGACCUGAGCCUCAACGACCUGUCGGAUGAGGGGGUAGAAAUCCUCUCAAAAGGACUGGCCAGCCCAAACUGCAUCUUAAAAGUCCUCAGGUUGCAAUGGUGCCAAAUCACGAAGCGAGGAUGUGUUUCAUUGGCCGAGGCUCUAAAGAUAAACCCUUCCCAUCUUCAAGAGCUGGCCCUGAGUGGCAAUGACCUGUUUGACGAGGGGGUUGAGAUUCUCUCGAAAGGACUGGCCAGCCCAGACUGCAUCCUAAAAGUCCUUGAGCUGGGACAUUGCGGGAUGACAAAGCGCGGCUGCAUUUCAUUGGCUGAGGCUCUUACGUUAAAACUCUCCCAUCUUCAAGAGUUGCACCUGAGCGGCAAUGACCUGUCGGAUGUGGACGAGGGGAUCGAGAUCCUCUCGAGAGGAUUGGCGAGGCCAGACUGUAUGUUAAAAGUCCUCAGGUUGCAGUCGUGCAGAAUAACGAAGCGAGGAUGCUUUUCAUUGGCCAAGGCUCUUAAGUUAAACCCUUCCUAUCUCCAAGAGCUGGCCCUGGGUGGCAAUGGCCUGUGGCACGAGGGGGUCGAGAUGCUCUCAGAAGGAAUAGCAUGCCCAGACAGCAUCUUAAGAGUCCUUGAGCUGAGACAUUGUGGGAUCACGACGCAAGGAUGCAUUUCUUUGGCUGAGGCUCUCAAGUUGAAACUCUCCCAUCUUCAAGAGCUGGACUUGAGCGACAAUGACCUGUCAGAGAAGGGGGUCGAAAUCCUCUUGAAAGGACUGGGUUGCUCAGACUGCAUCUUAGAAGUCCUCAGGCUGUCAGGCUGCAAGAUCACAAAGCGAGGAUGUGUUUCAUUGGCCGAAGCUCUCAAAUUAAAACUCCCCCAUCUUCAAGAGCUGGACCUGAGCGAAAACAACCUGACGGACGAGGGGGUCCAGAUUCUGUCAAAAGGACUGGCCAGCUCACACUGCAUUUUAAAAUUCCUCAGGCUAACGGGCUGCAAAAUCACAAAGCGAGGAUGUCCUUCUUUAGCCGAGGCUCUCAAGUUAAAACUCUGCCGUCUUCAAGAGCUGAACCUGAGCUACAACGAUCUGUCGGACGAGGGGGUCGAGAUCCUCUCGAAAAUAAUUGCCAAUCCUGUUUGCAUCUUAAAAGUCCUCAGAAUGUCAAACUGUGGGAUCACGGAGAAAGGAUUCAUUUCAUUGACUGAAGCUCUAAAUUUGAAACUCUCCCAUCUUCAAGAGCUGGACCUCAGCGGCAAUGGCCAAUUGGAGAAGGGGGUCGAGAUCCUUUUGAAAGGACUGGCUCGUCCAGACUGCAUCUUAAAAGUUCUCAGGCUGUCACAGUGCAAAAUCACAGAUGAAGUAUGCGUUUCAUUGGCCAAGGCUCUCAAGUUAAAACCCUCCCAUCUUGAAAAGCUGCACCUGAACUUCAGCAAUCUGUCGGAUGAGGGGCUUGACAUUUUCUCUGAAGGAUUGGCCAGCACAAACUGCCUCCUAAAAGUCCUUGAGUUGCAAUGCUGCGGGAUCACGAAGCGAGGAUGCGUUUCACUAGCCAAAGCUCUCAAGUUAAACCUCUCCCAUCUUCAAGUGCUGGACCUGAGCGACAAUGAUCUGUUUGACGACGGGGUCAAGAGCCUCUUCCAAGGACUGGCCAGCCCAGACUGCAUCUUAAAAGUCCUCAGGCUGUCAGACUGCAAGAUUACAAAGCGAGUUUGCUAUUCAUUGGCCAUGGCUUUUGAGAUAAACCCUUCCCAUCUCCAAGAGCUGGAUCUGAGCUACAACUGUCUGUCCGAUUAUGGGGUCAACAAGCUCUCGAAAGGACUGGCCAGGCCUGACUGCAUAUUAAAAGUCCUCAGGCUGAGACAUUGUGGCAUCACAAAGCGAGGAUGCGUUUCAUUGGCUGAAGCGAUUAAAAUAAACCCGUCCCAUCUUCAAGAGCUGGAUCUGAGCAAAAACGACCUGUUGGACGCAGAUGUAGGGAUCGAGAUCCUCUCGAAAGGACUAGCCAGCCCAGACUGCAUCUUAAAAGUCCUGAAGCUAUCAUGGGGCAAGAUAACAGAGAAAGGAUGUGUUUCAUUGGCCGAGGCUCUCAAGUUAAAACCCUCCUAUCUUCAAAUGCUUGACCUGAGCUACAACAAUCUGUCGGAUAAGGGGGUCGAAAUCCUCUCAAAAGGACUGGCAAGGCCAGUCUGCAUCCUAAAAGCCCUUGAUCUGUCAGGGUGCAAAAUCACGAAGCGAGGAUUCAUUUCAUUGGCCAAGGCGCUUAGGUUACAACUGUCCCAUCUUCAAGAGUUGGACCUUAACCUCAACAAUCUGUCGGAUGCGGAUGAGGAAGUCGAGAUCCUCUCGAAAGGACUGGCCAGUCCUGACUGCAUCUUAAAAGUCCUCGGGCUCUCACGGUGCAUGAUUAUGGAGAAAGGAUGCGUUUCAUUGGCCCAGGCUCUAAAGAUAAACCUUUCCCAUCUUCAAAAGCUGGACCUGAGCUACAACGAUCUUUCAGACGAGGGGGUCAAGAUCCUCUCGCAAGGAUUGGGCAACCCAGACUGCAUCUUAAAAGUCCUCAAGCUGUCACAGUGCAAAAUCACAAAGCAAGGAUGUGUUUCAUUGGCUGAAGCUCUCAAGUUAAACCCCUCCCAUCUUCAAAAGCUGGACGUGGGCAACAACAAUCUGUUAGACGAUGGGGUCGAGAUCCUCUUGAACGGACUAACCAGCUCAAACUGCAUCUUAAAAGUCCUCAAUCUAUCACAUUGCAUGAUCAUGGAGAAAGGCUGCGUUUCAUUGGCCGAGGCUCUAAAGGUAAACCCCUCCCAUCUUCAAAAGCUGGACCUGAGCUACAACGAUCUGUCGGACGAGGGGGUCGAGAUCCUCUCGAAAGGACUGGCCAGCUCACACUGCAUCUUAAAAGUCCUCAAGUUGUCACAGUGCAAAAUCACGGAAAAAGGAUAUGUUGCAUUGGCUGAGGCUCUCAAGUUAAACCCUUCCUAUCUUCAAAAGCUGGACGUGACCGAUAACGAUCUGUCGGACAAUGGAGUCAAAACUCUCUUGAAGGGACUUGCCAGCCCACACUGCAUCUUACAAGUGCUUGAGUUGUCGUGGUGCAAAAUAACAGAGAAAGGAUUUGUUUCAUUGGCCGAGGCUUUCAAUUUUCAUCCAUUCAUUUUUCAAAUACUGCAAAAUCUGACGGACAAGGAGGUCAGGACCACCUUUGACACACUACCAAGCCAAUACAGCGUCGGUAUUGUCCUCACGCUGUCAUGGGGCAGGAUCACAGAGAAAGGAUGUGUUUUACUGGCCCAGGAUGUCAAGUCAAACCCUUCCCAUCUUCAAAAGUUGGUCCUGUUUUCCAAUGACUCUGGAAAAGCAGGGAAAAGGGUCUUAAAGGACGCCCAAAGGGAUCCCAGCCAUAAAGUCUUCUCUACCUGCUAUACGCCUGAAGGACAUUUGACUCCUGGCAUGAAGCUAGAUGUUGUUGUGACCCACGUCGGACCAUGAGAACACACGUACCCGGAACUGUCCGACAACCUCAAGACAGUGUCAGCAGUACGGGCAAAGCUCACUGAAUCUACGGAGAUUUACCCUCCGGCGUCAGGUUCAUUGCAGCGACGUCUGGAAGGUAGAGUUCAAGGGGAAGGUCUACGUCGCUGCGACACAAACUGCUGACCAUAGUUCUUCCAGUAGCCUGGCUGCUUAUGGCUUGAUAAAAAAGUGCUUCUUUCCUUCGUGGUAGAAUAGUGCUGACAUUCAUGAUUCAGCAGGGGCUAGCCAUCUAGCUGCAACGAGGUUCAGCCAGAGACUGUUGAUGUACAGUAGUUUAUCAUCCCUGGGCACAAGAAUGGAACGGGCAGUCUGGGCUGUUUACUCAGAUGUUAUAACCCUAAUCAUGUGGCUAUUUUCCUUCUUCUGGUGUGAACUGAAACGAGCAUGUCAAUAGUAGAUGUCCGAUCCAUUUGAAGUGAAGUGAGACGGCGGUUCAUUCGCUGCCAACCUUCCCACUCUAAAUGGAUCGGACGUCUAUCCCUGUCAAUGGCAGUCAAUGACUUAAUCUGGCGUUAUCAUGGUGAAAAAUGCAAAUUGUUCUUUGAAAGAGACAAUGUCUGGAAGGGAGCCUAUGUUGAUCCUGAAGUUGAAUUUUCCUUUCUGCAUUUAGGGUGCGUUUACAACUUGUACAAGCUGCACAAGCCACACAAACCUAUGCAAUCCAUGAAGGCUUCUGAACUGAAUGGUGUUAACAACUUGGAUUGGAACGAAUGUUUUUCGCCGCUCCCUGUCCAUAUGGAUUAGAUGUCUUGCGACGUCAAUGGCGGCGAAUGAGGAAAAUCAUUAAACAUGAUUAAAACAUGAUUAAUAAUGUUUUAACAUGAUCAUUUUCACCUUUCCAGGAAAAUAAGAGCAUCUAAUGUUGUUUUGUACAAGAACAGUUAAACCCUAAACCUGUUAUCUCUUUGCAUUAAGUUAUCCGAUGAUUUAUACAAAAUAUAUUCCUUUAUUCAUAGAAAUAAAAACAUUUGUAUAAUUUGUUUUAUCUUUUUAAUUUAGUUAUUCAACACAACGUAACACAAUAUGAUUUUUACUGACUUUUCAUGAGGAUAUGCUGCUCUCAUUGCAUGAAGUUAUUCGAUGAUUUGAACAAAAUGUUGAGUAAAAUAUUCCUUUACUUAUAUAAAUAAAGAAAAUUAUAAAACUUACAAACAUAUAUAUUGCAAUAUAGUUACAUAAAGACACUAAGCUAUUGCAGUUUUGAUACAUAUGAAAAACAAACGAUUGAAAAAAAAAAAUUGAACCUGA